GUUUCCCUCCAGCUCUCGUACGUAGAGUACUAGACUACCCCCUAUUGCAUUUUGGCUAAGCAGUGAAGUCACUUUUGUUUGUCCAAAGGUUUAUGCUUUGUCCUUUUGGUGAGCGUGAACUACGUUCCUUAGGGUUUGCUUGGACAAGCCCUCGUCUUUUCAUAGAAGAUAACGAAGGCGUUAGGGUUGAGUCAAGAUCCUUCGAGGGUGCCACCUGAUCUGCAUCCAGAGAUAAGAUGGCAAUAACGGCUCAUGAGAAAAUUAUCUGGUGAUCACCGACGUGGCGAAGUCGAUGUGGCGCAGUAGCAAUACCUCCAAAGGCGCCAUGACUUCGCCCUCUAAAGCCAAGAUUCUACAAUCGAUAGUGCUCGACAUUUCGCAGUAUAUGCCUCCGAUCGUUAUUUGCCCAGUGCAGAUCAGUACCCGCUACUUGUUCGUUGAGCCGCGAGUGGCCCAUCACAGUGAUGGGAAUACGAGGAGCCGAGAAAUCGGGCACGGUACCCACCGCUUGUGUACAGAGUGAAAUAAUAUAAGACAGGGACGAUGUCAGCGAAGUCUGUCAAAGGCAUUGUUCCAGUGCUUUUCCGAGCCUGUCCAUCAUGAUGGUACUUAAAAAAACACUUCUUUUAUUGUCUAUCCUGUCAGCGGGGCCCGUAGCGGCGUCCAAAUACGAUAUCAGGCUGGACACGACGGCGACAAACCUCGGCCCGCUCACCACACGCUUUACUCCUCCAGCUUCUUGCUCCGAUAUUCGCACAAGAGAUUUCUAUGGCUACUACCCUAAGCUCGAAAUGGGCUGUGAAGGACCGGGAGGAAAUGAAUGUUGCCCCCCAAAUUGGCGAGAUGAUGUUUAUUACAGCCCUGGGAUGUGCCCGGCGGGAUACCAGACUUGUACAUUGCCAACCUCCAAACAGCGCAUUGAGACGACUGCCAUGUGCUGUCCGGACAAUUUCGCCUGCAAUGGCCAAGGCAGCUGCACUCGCCCCUUAAACACGAGGAUCGCCCUUACCAUGACUGGCGCUACACACACCACCACUCGAACCGCAUACGCCAUAACGGCAACCCCGAUACAAAUCCGCUUUAAAGCUGCCGAAUCGACGAUCGUCCCAAUCCCGACGGCAUCUUUACGGCUUCCCAGGGGAUAUCUGUACAAGCGCGAGAAAAUUGGUAUCGGUAUUGGAGUUUCGGCCGCCGUUAUUGGAAUCGCGAUUGGUGUAUACUUCUGCUGCUGCUCCGGCAGAAAACAGAGAAUGACUAGGGUGCCAACAAUUCCACCGGAGAAUUAUUCUACCACCAAUACUCCUGAUGUUCCUCCGCCAGCUUAUCCGGGACAGAAUGAUGAUUUGGGCAUAGGGUCGUCAGUUCCAGGUAGCGGCCCUGAGAGCUGGUCAAACGGGGGACGAAAGUAGUAGCUCAUUAAUACCCAACUUGAACUCUGAUGCAC